CUUGCCGCAGAAGGCUGAGCACUGGCAGGGAACCGGGCAAAGGCUCCGGCACAAGCCCCGCUGGCGCUCCUGCUCCCGCUCCCGCUCCCGGUGCCCGCGCCAGCGGCGAUGGCGGCACUUCUGGGGCCCAGCGCCCUGGCUCAGCUCCGCUGGGGCUCGGCCUUCUGGUCCAUCGCGGCCGGAGGCUUGGGCGCCUUCGCGGCCGCCUUUGCCAAGCUGGCCCUGAAGCCGACCGACGUUGUGGGGCCCGGAGGAAAAGGAGCAGGAGCUCCCUUACCCGCCCGCCACGCAGGCCUGGUCUCCUAUGAGGCCUUCAGCUCCCUGAGGCUGGACGCUAAUACCUUGCUUCUCAGUGGUGUAUCUUGCCCAUCCUGUCCUGCUGGAUACCUAAGAGUUCUCUGGACCCGGUGCCUUCCUGGGUUACCUGUUGUAUGGAGAAUACUGUGCAGUGAUGUGGUGGGCCAGGGUCAUCAUGAUCUUCUGUGGACUGGCACUGAUGCACACAAGCUUGUCCGCCAAGGAGGAGCUCAAGGAAAAGAAGAACCAGUAGGGGCAGACCUGAGGGCAAAGGUUCCUCGUGCUGUUGUUGGCCCUUCAGAAUCCCAAGCCUCGAGAAGGCCACUGAGUUCUGGGGGAGCAGUUUUGUCCUGUUGCUGCUGUUUUGUUUUUUUUAAAUUCCUAUCUAGGGAAGAAACCAAUGCUAGACACCAUCUGAUUGAUUCGUGCUUUAAGGAUCUCUUCAGGCAGGGCGUGCUCGUGUCACUAGGCCUCUGGCAAGUGGAUUUGUGCUUCUGACUCAGCUGAGAAACUCUGCUAGAUGUCUAGAAAUCCCAGGGAGAAAGAAAGCAGUGUUCUGGCUGGAGCUGAUGUUCAGAUCGAUCUGCUCCUUGGGCCCAAGGGACAGAUGCCAGGAAGAGGCUUUGCCUCUGGUGAGUGUUUCUCUUUGCGGUAUUACCUAGACAGAAUGGAGAAGGCUGACGUUGGGAUUGACCCUAGGCCUGAGUCUUUCUUGCUCUCUCUGUGGAGCUCCAGUGAUGCCAGUAGUAUGUUUAUCACAAACCAUAAAUCUUAAUUUAAUGAGGAUUUACAUUUAAGGUCUGUUGGUACUGAUUUGUGCCAUUAACAAUUACUAAGCACCUAGGCUAGACAAGGCCCAGGACACCAAACUAGCGAGACAAUGCCAUUCCCUGCCCUCGAGGGAUAUGCGUUGUGUUUGAGAGGGGACAAAGAAGAAAGUGAUAAAAGCUACCACCCCCAAAAAAGGAAAAAAGGGAGGGAAGGGUUCAAAGCAAAGGAAAAACCUAAGACCAGAGUUUCUUAAUUUUUUGGGGGACAUGGGCCCUUUUGGCAGGCUGGUGAAAUGGAACCCUUCUCAGAAUAAGAUUUUUAAAAUAAUCAAUCAAAAUACAUAGGACUACCAAGGAAACGCAAUUGGAAUGCAGUUAUAAAAAACAAGCAAACAAACAAAUACAUGGAUACCCAGUUUAAGAACCCUUAAUUUAAGACAAUGUGCCAUAAGGAAUUUAAGGAGGGUGCCCAGGUUAAGACCCGCUGGUCUAAGACUAUGUGCCAUAAGAAAUUUGAGAAGGAAGAAGUCCCUUUCAGCUGGGGAAGGAUCAGAGAAUCCUUCACAGAGGAAGUGGUUACUGAGCUGGGUCAUAGAGAGGAUUUCAGAAAGAAGAAAUGUGGAGGAAAUGAGUUGUAGGUAGAGAAAAGAGCCUUGGCAAAUGGAAGAGGAGAGUGAGGGGCAGCUGGUUGUCUAGAUUAUGUGGGGGUAGACUUCAUGACAGAAGGUAGUAAGAAAGAAGGCUAGAUAGGGAUGAAUGGGAUGCCCCAGUGAAGAUUCCUCAGUGUAAUUAAGGUUUGGGAUAAGGCUGAGUGGGAUAAGGGGUUCCAUGAAGAUUUCUCAGAAGAAUAAAUAGAAAUUGUAUUGUGACACAAGGCAGGCACAGCAGCCUGACAGGCCUAAGUUUUAGUUUACUAGAAAUCACCUGAGUUAUGGGAGUCUAGCCCCAAGUACUCCCCCUUUCUAUGCCAUUGUUAUUUCAGCAGUUAAAGUUUGCCAAGCCUGAAACUCCUGAAACCCCCCACCUCUGUAUUUUGUUGAUACACCUGUUGCUAUACUUUAGUCAUGGUGACCUUGCUACACAGCACAGUGUCUAGCUUGACUGCACAUCUUUAAUUGCUUUUUUGGUAAUAUUUCAACAAACUAAGGGCUAAAUAUGGAUAUCUAUAAUUUGUAACUAAGAUAUGCAUACUGUUUGUUGUUGUUUGUUCCUAUGGUAGAGUUUCAUGUUGAGAUUGGGAACCAAAACAUUGGCCAGUUGGUGGGAGGGGGCUUUACCCAUUAGGGCUAUUUAAUCAGGUCCUUUGCUCCUGUACUCUGUCUCCUCUCAUCAGGGCAUCCUGGUGGAGGCAUACCCAAAUCUUGAGAUUUGAAAUAAUAAUAAAUUAACUUUCUGUUUCUCCUUGGA